UGUUCGGCCGGCGUUUCCCCGCGCGCGUUCAACAUGCGGAUUGAAAAGUGUUAUUUCUGUUCGGGCCCUAUCUACCCAGGCCAUGGCAUGAUGUUCGUUCGUAACGAUUGCAAGGUGUUCAGAUUCUGUAAAUCCAAGUGCCAUAAAAACUUCAAAAAGAAGCGCAAUCCUCGCAAGGUCAGAUGGACUAAAGCGUUCCGGAAAGCAGCUGGUAAAGAGCUCACGGUGGAUAAUUCAUUUGAAUUUGAAAAACGUAGAAAUGAACCUGUCAAAUACCAGCGAGAACUGUGGAAUAAAACCAUUGAUGCAAUGAAGAGAGUUGAAGAGAUCAAACAGAAGCGACAAGCUAAAUUUAUAAUGAACAGGUUGAAGAAAAAUAAAGAACUACAGAAAGUUCAGGACGUUAAAGAGGUCAAGCAAAACAUCCAUCUUAUCCGGGCCCCUCUUGCCGGCAAAGGAAAGCAGCUGGAAGACAAAAUGGUACAGAAAUUACAAGAGGAUGUGGACAUGGAAGAUGUUUCUUAAAACAUCUGUCUGUCACUCAGAUGAAAGGGGAGUAAAUACUUCUGUCCUACAUUGAUAUCUGCAGAACAGCAAAUACUAUGGAUGCUAGGUUGCAUCUCAACGUUAAACCUUCACUGAGAGAUACACUUUUAUAAAUUAUGAAAACUAUGUUUGUAAAUAUAGAAGUGAAUUGUGGACAGAAAAUGGUCAUGCCAUUUGGUUAAUGGCACUGGGCAGCAUUUAUGUAAUAAUGACAAAUUCAUGACUAGUAAUAUAUAUGAAAUAAAAUUUUUUUUGCAGUAAAAUAUUUCCUUUAUUAAUGUUCUGGAUUGGAUACAGCAAGGAAGUAACAGUCUGUAUGAUAAUUAGCCUCAAGUAAUAUCUUUUCUUCUGAUUUUAAUAUUUCUGGUUAUGGUUUAUUAGCAUCUUAGAAGAACAUAAUGGCCCAAUAUAUUGAAGCCUAAUUAUGUUGGACUGUUUUGAUGUGGUUUAACUGUUGUGAUAGUCAUUUGUGGAUGUUGAGGGUGAGUUGAACAGUCUUUCCUGAAAUGGAACUGUGUAAUUUCCACUUUGGAGAGUACUCAAUGAUAAGUUGACAUUCCUAGUAGAAUAAACUUUUAUUUUUCCAUGA